AUGGCGCACAGCAUGCCUUUCCAGUUCGGUGUGAACGGUACCCAGCCACAACAGCAACAGACCAGCCAGAACACAGCGCAUUCGGCGUCCAACGGUCACAACGCGCUUGUUAUGCAGCAACAGCAGCAGCCCAAUCCACCACAACCCGCAAGCAUACCAGGUCUACCCGGCAAUCUAGCGUCUCUCCUUCAGGGCGUCUCGCCAGAGCAACUGCUGGGCAUCCUACAGGCUUUGCAGUCCGGCCAACUCACUGGUUUGCCUCCAGCAGUGCCAACUGCUCCAGCUCCCGAAGUACAACACCAAACUGCGACACCUGUAGCACCUAUGUUGACUCAGCCAAGCGUACUCGCGGAGCAAGAUGUAGACAUGGACAAGGAAGAAGGCGAACUUGAAGAAGGACUCCUGGAGCCGGACAUCUCUCGUCAGGGCGACUCCCUCCAUUCAGGACCAGGACCAAGCAUGUGGAGUGCCAGCCCGGGCGAUCCAUACUCGCGAGGGCAGAACGAUGGACGCGAUCGUCGCCUCCAGAAGACAGAUCCGGCGACAUCUCGUAGGUCAUCAUUCGAGGUGACACCAGGCCAACGCGACGCGUCUCUAGCAGGAAACAACGUCUCCGCGACCUUACGUAGGAACACUGGAGCCUCGGCUCGUAAUUUCGUGCUGCAGAUGCACAAUGCUGGCUACACGUUCGACGAUCUUGCGCGUGAUAUCAGGAACAGAAAAGCGUUGGUACGCAUGUAUAAGACGCUGGGUCUUCCAAUAUCUACUGAAGGUCGGGCCAAUGGCGUGACUGCACCUCCGCCUGCAGUGUCUCAGCUUGAUGGCACAGCGAAGGUCUCCUCGGCGGUGAUCGCAGAAGAACACAGGCCGUCAGCUACAAAACGACCACCACCUCCACGACCUGCUGCCCCUGCUGAUCGUGCAGAGUACCUAGCGAAGCUCGCUGCAGCACGAACGUCCAAGAACAAGCCACCUGGGAUACCAGCGACGAGUCAACCUGCACCGACACCUACUCAGCAAACAGUGAAAACCGCUACGCAAGCGCCUACUUCGAGAGGGCCUGCACCAAGUCUGGCUGCUCCAGCGGCUCUACCCAUCCAGAUCGCUCCGGCUCCUGCAACCCCUUCUACUGCGCUCAGACCGAAUGCGCAACCUAGUGGGAGGUCUGUGAUCCAGACUGAACUGAUCAAGCAGCGACUGGAGGCACUCAAAGCAGAGCAGGCUGCGAAGAAACUCGCAGCUCAGCAAGCUAGUAGCGAUGCCGCGAUCUCAAUUCCGGUGAUACAGUCCUCGCUUUCCACGCACGCGACCUCAGCUGCUCCACAAUCACCUUCCGUUGGCCUUGGGGCUGGUCUCGCAGAUAUAACACGUCAGGCUGUCGUGCCCGUAACCACUGCCAUACAGUCGACAACAACGUUUUCACCGUCGGUACAGCCUAGCUACUCGCCAUUCCCACCCACACCCAGCCGCUCGUAUGGCUCCUUACCAGGGCUGUUCAUGGCGAGCACCCCUGCCCAACUUUCGAAGACGCAAGCUCCACCAGCAUUACCACUGUCUAUCUCUGCCGCCAGCGAGUCAAUGUCCGACAGCACUCAAGCUGCUCUUCGCAGACCUGCUGCGUCUGCAACAACUUUCAACCAGUCCGGGAAGCGCGCAGCUGCAACAGACUUUGACGAGGACACCCCUACGAGAGGUCAAGACGCCAGCAACAAACGCCACUUAUUUGGCCAAAGCCGAAGCAACAGCGACAGCGAACGUGUCGUCAUCGAAGUUAGCGAUAACGAGGACGACGACGACGGGAUGGGAAUCGACAUUACAGCAGCGCAGCUAGCUAUACAAGGCACUGCACGUGGCUCGAGAUCUCUGCCAGGUCUACAGCAGAGACUUAGUGCCUUUAGUGCGCCGAGCUCGCCACAAGUCGCUGCUGAUAUGGACUUGAGGAUUGCAGACCUGAAGCGUAAGAUCGCUGAGAGAGAAGCGACUAAGGCACAAGCCAAAGCCAGUGGCGCUCGAUCGGUUACAUCAACGUCAGCGCCUGGACAAGCUACACCGUCCGCCAACAUUGGCACUACUCGUGAUCAAUUACAGGAGAGUCGUAUCGUCGCCGCGCAGCAGAUCUUGACGUCUGCAGGCCGACCAGCUGAUGUUACUGUCGCGGCGCACACUGCUCGGAAGCAAGAAAUGUAUCAGCUUAGCCAACGAUUGCAAGAGCUGCAGGAGCAAGUUGCUCGCCACGAUGGAGUCCCAGCCGGUGCUUCACCUGUGCAAACUAGAGCACAGCCUCCGUCUGCUCAUCCGACCACGUCUAUACAGUCCUCAAUACAGCACACGGUGGCAGCUGCUGCGCCGAUCACUGCGUCAUCUAGCAACCCAGACAAUACGGCACCAGGCAAUACUGUGCCACCUGUUGCUCAGCCUGCCCAACCUGUACAAGUCGAUGGGGCUCACCUUGACACGAAAGCAAGUGAUGGUGGCAACCAGAUCGGCUCACAAGCGACGACCAUAAGCGAUGUGGCUCAGUCUGACUUGACCACCGAAACCGCCGUAGCAGAUCUUCCAGCGAAAGAAGUUGAGAUUCCGCAAACCGCAUCGGCUGUCAUGAGUGCUCCCGAGUCCCUCGAUGAAGAUGUCGAGAUGGAGGAAGACAGUUCGGACGAAGACGAGAGUGACGGUGAUGAUGAAGAGGAUGAGAGUGUCGACGACACUGCGGUCUCGGAGUCAGAGGCUGUAUUCGAACCUGGAACUGUACUCCCAGACCUUGAGAGUCGUACACAGGUGCAUCCCGCAAACGAAUCCUCGUUGGAUGACUCUAUUAUGGACACUGGAGAUGAGAGCGAGCCCGCUUUGCAAAGUCAGGUGUUCCAGCCUGACGAAGGAGAGGCCGACGAGGGUGAUGAGGAUGAGGAGGAAUAUGAGCCGACGCCAGAUCUGGAUAUUGUAUCAGCCGCCAAGCCUGUGGAAGAAAGCCAGGUAGUGGCUGAUGCAGACGAACCUAAUGUGCUAGCAAACGAGCAGUCAACCGUGGUGGAACAUCAUGCAGGGCACGCGGAGGACGUACACUCGGUGGAGCAGCCAUCAUCGGCUUUUGCACAAUCCACUACAGCACCAACAUUGUCUGACGACUUGGCACCUGAACUCCAACCAGCCAUCGCAGACCAAGUGGCUGUAGAUGACCAGGACAAUGUCGGCGAGCCCAAGACCUACUAUCGGCCAUACGAGAGCGCCUUGACCCAUUUUAAGGACUAUCGGUAUCAUCCCGACUUCUUGCAACAAGUCUCCGAUGGCUACAAGUCUUUGACGUACAGCCAUCGCAUCGACCCUGUACAGCCUGUGUGUCCGGCGAAAGCUGCAGGCAAUGCCUGCAGAGAUCUGAAGUGUCCUAAUCAGCACUUCAGGUCUAUGGGACUCACUGACAAUCAACUUCUCAAGCUGCUCGGCACCCACCGUACCCCCACUACUAAUAUUGAAGACAAACAGCGGUGGAACAAAGGGCUUGGCGACCUUGUGGCAUAUCUCAGAACCACGCCAGCGAGCAAAGACGCCAAUGCCAUAGCCACCAACAUUGCCCAGUACAGACGUGAUUUUGUCGGCGAUGAGUCGCGCGUCCUUUUCCUCGGCUGA